AUGGAAAUAUCAUCUCCCAUUGAUUCUCAUAUAGUGAUCAAGAAGAUUAGAGCAGCAAUAUGGUUUCUUUUCUUUCUGGUCUCUCUUGGGAUUGUUUUUAUCUGGAUCAUGAUGCCCACCAACACAUACAACCAGACAUGGUUGCCUCAAAUCCAAGCUAAGAUUGAUUCAAUUACAUAUCUAGGCCGACAAGGGGAUAGGCUCCUCCUGUUCGCAUUCCCAGUCUUAUUCAUUGCUACCUUGGGCUGUGUUUAUCUUCACUUGGGCAAGAAAUUUGUUUCAAGCAAGAGCAACAAUUGUUGGAGAUUGGCACAAUGGUCAAGACCGGUACUUGUAAAAGGUCCUCUAGGGAUUGUUUCAUGGACAGAGCUAACCUUUCUUUCCAUGUUCAUGGCACUCUUGGUUUGGUCCUUCUCAACAUAUUUGCACUUGAGCUUCAACAAUAUAACUUCACAGUCAGCUUCAAAUGAUGGAAUGAAAGUGUGGGAAGCUAAGUUGGACAGUGUAGGUCUAUUGCUAGGGCUUGUUGGUAACAUAGGUUUUGCGUUUUUAUUCUUUCCGGUGACCCGAGGAUCAUCGGUGUUGCCGCUCGUAGGACUCACGUCAGAGGCCAGCGUCAAAUAUCAUAUAUGGCUUGGACAUAUAGUCAUGACCCUCUUCACUGCUCAUAGCAUUUGUUAUAUCAUCCAUUGGGCUGCAACAAAUCAAAUCUUAAAGAUGCUAAAGUGGCAUAAAGUUGGAAAUUCAGUUGUUGCAGGGGAGUUGUCUUUCCUCUUUGGACUAGUCUUGUGGGGAACAACCUUCCCCUGCAUAAGGCGAAAAAUGUUUGAGCUCUUCUUCUAUACCCAUCAGCUCUACAUCUUAGUUGUCAUCUUCUUCAUAUUACAUAUUGGGAUUAUCUCUUCUAGCAUGAUGCUACCGGGUUUUUACCUCUUCUUGGUCGAUCGUUACCUGCGAUUCUUGCAAUCUAGGCGAAGCGUUCGCUUAGUCUCCGCUCGUGUUUUACCUUGUGAAACUGUCGAAUUAAAUUUCUCCAAGAGCCCAGGGUUGAGCUACACUCCUAUGAGCACCGUGUUCAUCAAUGUUCCCAGUAUUUCGAAGUUACAAUGGCAUCCUUUCAGUGUAAUCUCCAACAGUAAUUUGGAUCAGGAUAAGUUAAGUGUGGUGGUGAAAAGUGAAGGAAGUUGGACCAGCAAGCUUUACCAGAUGCUUUCAUGUCCCUCCCCUGCGCAUCGUCUUGAAGUCUCCAUUGAAGGACCCUACGGACCUGAAUCUACUAGCUUCAUGAGACAUGAUAUGCUUGUGAUGAUAAGUGGAGGAAGCGGCAUUACACCAUUCAUCUCUAUAAUCAGUGAGCUUAUGUUUAAGAAGAAGUCAGGGUUCAAGUCUCCCAGUACUGUUCUCCUUGUUUGUGCUUUCAAAAACUCUUCUAGUCUCACAAUGCUAGACUUACUCCCACCAAUGUCAAGUACCCAACUGUCUGACGUUUCUUCUUUCCAACUACAAAUUGAAGCCUAUGUAACAAGAGAGGAAGAGCACAAAUCAGGUCACAAAGACCAACUCAGGUUCCUUUACUUCAAGCCCAACGUGACUGAUGUUCCUGUCUCCUCAACCCUUGGCCCAAACAGCUGGCUUUGGCUUGGAGCUAUAAUCUCUUCUUCUUUCAUUAUUUUCCUUCUCUUCUUGGGAUUAUUGAUGUAUUACUACAUAUACCCAAUUGAUCACAACACCAACAACAUCUAUGCUACUGCCUCAAGAGCUCUUCUGAACAUGUUAUUCCUAUUUGUUUGCAUAGCUAUAUCAGCUAGUAUAGCUUUUCUUGGGAACAAGAAGCAAAUGGCAUUAGAAGCAAAGCAGAUUCAGAAUAUAGAUGUUCCGACAUCAAUGACUUCGUCAUCUUCAUUCUCUUGUAACGCCGAGUCAUCGUCAUCUUCAUACUCUUAUAACGCCGAUCAGGAAUUGGAAAGCUUCCCUCAACAAUCCCUUGUUGAUGCUACUAAGGUGCAUUAUGGAAAAAGACCGAACAUAAAGAAGAUACUGCUUGAGUGUGGAGGAGCAAGAGUUGGAGUUCUAGUUUCUGGCCCAAGGAAGUUACGACAAGAGGUUGCAGCAGUUUGUGCAUCUGGUCUUGCAGCCAACCUUCACUUUGAAUCCAUCAGCUUCAGCUGGUAGUUUGUGCAAUCAGGAAAGGAUAUAUGUUAAUUUUCAGUUCUGUUUAUUAGCAUAUAAAAA